UCUUCAAUAGAAAUACAAAGAAAAUACAACAUUUCAUCACUUCGAAUGUGUUUUAUAUUCAAACCGAAUCGUGCUCUGAUAAAAGUUGUAGUUACCUUUGUUGUUGCUGUUGUCAGGAGUUCAUAGUCCCAUCCGUCCAACAAAAAAACUUAUAAGAAAAAGUAAAACCAUCAAAUGUGUGAGAGUCGGUGAAAUAAUUCCUGUUCCGAUAUAACCCACAUGCUGGUGCUAUGAAUUCCGAUUCGGAAUACUCCGAUGAGGAUCACGGUGACUCACAUCGCUCGCUCCACAGUCACAAUACCUCGUCCUUGAUGAGUUGCGGGACCUGUGACAGCGACGAGGAUACCUGCACGGAAAUCCUUUUGCCGGACAGUCCCAUUGGCAGCCCCGAAGCGGAUGACUUUGUGUACAAGGUCCUUUCGGUGGAUCAGAUCGUUCAGCACCAGCGCAAUAUCAUCGAUGGGGUGAACAAUGUCCUGAAUCUAUCGCCGCAGGUCACGCGGAUUAUCCUCAAUCAUUUCAAGUGGGAUAAGGAGCGGUUGUUCGAGAACUAUUUCGAGAGCAGUCCACAGGAGUUUUUCCAGCGCGCCCAUGUGGUGAAUCCGUUCGAACAGAGAAGUGAACUGGAUUUGAGGGCAAGCUCAUCGGAAUCGGUGCGCAAAUCAUGUUUCUCGCAGGAGUCCUGUGGCAUUUGCUAUUCUCCCUGUGACGAGCAUGAGCUGAAGGGCUUGGGCUGUGGUCACAGCUUUUGCGCCGCCUGCUGGAAACAAUAUUUGGCCAAUAAAACGUGCAGCGAAGGCCUGGCCCAUACGAUAACCUGUCCCGCUGCCAAUUGCGACAUCCUGGUGGACUAUGUGUCCUUCCUGAAACUGGCCGAUAGCCCGGAGGUCAUAGAGCGGUAUCAGCAGCUCAUAACCAACACCUUUGUGGAGUGCAACAUGCUGAUGCGAUGGUGCCCCGCCCCCAAUUGCACCCAUGCCAUCAAAGCCAAUUGUACGGAGGCUCGAGCUGUUCACUGCAAGUGUGGCCAUCAGUUCUGCUUUGGCUGUGGCGAAAACUGGCAUGAGCCCGCCAGCUGCAGUUCGCUCAAAAAGUGGCUCAAGAAGUGUCUCGAUGACUCGGAGACCUCCAACUGGAUUGCCCAGAACACGAAGGAGUGUCCCAAGUGCAAUGUGACCAUCGAAAAGGAUGGCGGAUGCAAUCAUGUUGUCUGCAAAAAUCCUUCCUGCCGACAUGACUUCUGCUGGGUAUGUCUGGGAUCCUGGGAGCCGCACGGUUCGUCCUGGUACAGUUGCAAUCGCUUCGACGACGAGGAGGCCAAGGAGGCGAGACUGGCCCAGCAAAGAUAUCGCUCGUCGAUGGCCCGAUAUCUGCACUACUACAACCGGUAUAUGAACCACAUGCAGAGCAUGCGAAUGGAGAACAAGUUGUAUGCCAGUGUUCAGGCCAAAAUGGAUGACAUGCAGGAGGAGAUUAGCUGGAUUGAGGUUCAGUUUCUUCGCGAUGCCGUCGACGUUUUGUGCCAGUGUCGAUCCACGCUGAUGUACAGCUAUGUGUUUGCUUUUUACCUAAUCAACAACAAUCAGAAGAUCAUAUUCGAGGACAAUCAGAGGGACAUGGAAAUGGCCACCGAGAAGAUCUCCGAGUGCUUGGAGCGAGAGAUCACUGUGGCAAAUCUCUACGAAAUCAAACACAAGGUCCUUGACCUUUCACACUACUGCCAGAAACGACGACAUGUCCUUCUGUGCCACGUAAGAGAGGGCUACGAAAAGGAUUGGUGGGAGUUCAUUGAGGAAACCACUACAUAAUCCCCAAUUAAAUAUCCAUUCUAUAUUCUGGCAUUCUGGCAACACAUAGAAAUAGAAAGCAAUCCGUAUAUUCCACUGAAGACUUUCAAUAAACACGCACAGUACAUGAUCUAUUUCGGAUUCCUCUCUCUGAUUGAAUUGAUUUUGGUCAAUUCGACCACGAGUCCCCAAAAUUCUUCAGUUAUUAUACAGUAA